UUUUUGUUUUGUUGGGGUGUGGGUAGUUACAAUGUUCCUUUUCUAACGGGUAUGUUUGUUGUGUCCCCACGGUGUUCGCUCUUCUACCCACAGUGUUGCGCCCCUUUCACGCUCAGCGCGUGCAACUGCUGACAAGCGGCGCAGACCCACGCCGCCGAUCGUCGCCCCCAGCUGUCAGUCAUGUGACGUAUCGAGUAGCGGGGGCGGAGCUUGCCCAAAAAUAGAGCCGAGAAACACCUGGAUGAAGGGGAGAGCACGCUAACACACUACGCUGACCGUCUGCUGAAUGACUGGCAAAGCGAGGCAGGGCGGCAGAAUCGGAUGAUAGCGUCAGUCACAAACCGUUUGAACUUGAUCGUCUCUCCUCGUCUGCUCCUCCAAAAUCUUGGAAUUACGUGUCUAGUGCUGCCAUCUUCCGUGCUGUGUAUGCUGUGAAAGUUGGCGUGUGACAGGUGAAAAAAAACUUCCAGUUUGAAAACUUGGGAUUACUGACCUGCACUUGUUUGUGUGUGUGUUGCGAUCCACGCGAAAAUCACAUGACAAGCAGCUGGAGAGAUUUGAAAAGUGUAUCGUCUGCCAAGAAAACUGCUGGCCUGUGCGAAGAGUGCUCUCGCUUUGCUGUUCGAGCCGGUGGAGAAAGAUAUCGUCUGCUUUUUGUUCUCCAGCUCGACUGUAUGGAGUCUACCGUGGACUGGGAUUCGCCGAGAAUCUCGUCGGUCAGUGCAGACUGAGUAAAGAAGGAAGGAACACAGGCAAGAGGGCUUUGUUCGCCCGUCCGUGUCUUAGUCGGUUAGUUUGUACUUGUUGCACGCGCCCCAUAGAGUGCUCGAGGUGUGUUGCGAACAGGAAGCGGGGUUUGUGAGUACACGGUGGGGCUCGCUGGACACCGGGCAGUCUGGGGCCAUGGCUACUGGAGGAAUACCGCCGACGCCAUCGCCACCACCCCCGCCCUUGCAUCCUUUUCUGGAACAAGCGACGAGAGCUGAGAGUUCUCCCCUCUUGGUGCAGGAGAGGGAGUCAGUGGAUUCGAACCCCAGUCUCGCCGAUCAGCGAGUGAAAACUUCGUGCACUAAAUGUAGGAACUGUCCGGGGUUCGCCAGUCACUACUGGAGGAAGGUGUGUCGGCACUGCAAGUGCGCACCGGAAGUGCAUGAGAUGACGGGCGUGUCGGAGACGGACCGCGCGCUGCAGCGCCUGAUGCAGGACGCACAGCGCAACUCCACCUCGGACGACGACAGCGGCUGUCCUCUGGAGGAAUACGCCUGGGUCCCACCUGGCCUUAAGCCUGAACAGGUGCACCGCUACUUCAGCUGCCUGCCGGAGGACAAGGUGCCUCACCUCAACAGCGCCGGCGAGAAGUACCGCGUGCGACAACUUCUGCAGCAGCUGCCGCCACAUGACAACGAGGUGCGCUACUGUCACGGGCUGUCCGACCUGGAGAAGCACGAACUGCGCAUGUUCAGUGCCCAGCGGAAGCACGAGGCGCUGGGGAGAGGGGGUGUGAAGCCCUUACCCCCCACCUCCACGGCGACUGUGUGUGCUAAGUGCGGAAAUGGGAUUGCAGGCGGAGAGAUGGCGGUGUUCGCCUCCAGGGCCGGGGCCGACAAAUGCUGGCACCCCGCCUGCUUCGUGUGUAGCACGUGCGGCGAGCUGCUGGUCGACCUCGUCUACUUCUGCCGAGACAGCUUGCUGUACUGCGGCCGCCACCACGCCGAGCUGCUCAAGCCGCGCUGCGCAGCCUGCGACGAAAUCAUCUUCGCGGACGAGUGCACCGAGGCCGAGGGUGCCAGCUGGCACAUGCAACACUUCUGCUGCAUGGAGUGCGACCAGCAGCUGGGAGGACAACGCUACAUCAUGCGUGAUGGCCGGCCAUACUGCUGUGGCUGCUUCGAGCACAUGUUUGCCGAGUUCUGCGACACCUGUGGAGAGCACAUCGGUGUUGACCAAGGGCAGAUGACUCAUGAGGGGCAACAUUGGCAUGCUACACCAGCCUGCUUUAAAUGCCACACCUGUCAGAAAUGCCUGCUGGGACAGCCCUUCCUCCCGAAGCGAGGCGUCAUCUACUGCUCCGCCGCUUGUAGCCGCGCGGGCUCCAUGCAGACUCAAACCCCUCGACGAGCCGAGGACUAUCUGCAAGAUUUGCAGGCCACCGUUCGCGUGAGCUCGCCCGUCUCGCACGUGCUGCAGGAGGGCCGCGCUGACAUCCACCAGGUGCUGCGGCAGCACUACACGCUGCCGGACUCCCUGCCGUCAUCGGACCGCGACCAGGGUUACGCCACGUCCAGCAACUCCGAGGUGUAUGCGUCUGGCAUGUACGAGGGACAGCUAGGGGGAGGUGACUAUCAGGAGCCCGGCACCUUGUACCAGCUGAACCUGGACGGUCUGGUGGACGCCUUGCCGCCCGUGACGCAAGAGGCGCGCACUCGCCAUCGCCUGUCGCAGUUCUCCAUGCCGGACCUCUCCACCGUGCCAGACACGCCGAGCUCCGACAAGCACAGCGGCCUCAGCUCGCGGUCCAGAAGCCGCUCCGGGUCCGAGCGGAACAUCAGCGUCCAUUACGCAUCUGUCAGCAUCACGCACGGCCUGCCCCUGUCCUCCCCCGGGGUCAGCCCCUGUCCUCCUGCGGGGGUUACUGGAGUUCACUUCCCGCCAGGCACGGAACCCCAUUUCUACGGCGAGCGGGUUCCGCUGUAUUGCCAAGCUCGCCCAGCUGCUGUGCGCUCUUUCCCGGAGCUACCUGGGUUAGGGGUGGAGCAGCGCCUGGCGGGCCCUACCCAGCGCCUGCCGGCCGCAGCUCUGGCCCUACCCGACGACACCAAGAUGAACCCCAUCUCGCGACCCCCGCAGCAUCACCUCUUGCGCGGCGCCCAGCAACCCAACAGCUACCCUCGCUCUCAGAGCUUUGAGGGGCGUCCAGGAGGAAUGGGAGGCCCCCGCAGACACCACCACCAUCCCCCACGCCGGGAGAGCGGUGGUGGGGAGGCGGGAGAGGGUGUAGGGAUUGGGCAGUUCCCCUACGCUCACUACGACGACCGCUGCAGCACCUGCUCGAGCUCCAGCGACUCAGACGACUGGGGCUACCUGUACGACUGGCCGCGCCCACCCGGAACCAAGAUCUCCUAUGUCGACGAUAUGGGUAUCGGGGGCACGACCACCCGGGUCCAGACACUGCCCACCCGCGGCCGGCGCCACAAGAAGAACAAGCAGUGUGUGUUGUCGUAGUGCGGCGGCUUCCGUACUUCUGGUCCUGGUCGGCGGCGCGCUCACUUACUUCCGGUCCUGGACGGCGCGGGGCAACUCGGACGACUAAAGACUCUCUUUGGUACCCCAUCGGAAACCAUCGGUGUAUGUGUGUCUAUAAGGCACCGGCAUUUAAAAGAAUAGCGACUGGAUGCCACUACCACUUCUGAGACCAACGAUUUGCUGGAAGUUGGCGUGCACGUGCACUUCUCGUGAAGGACGAUGCUCGUCAUGUCCGCUGCAGAGUGUUUCGACCAGAAGAGUUCCCGAGAACCAUCGGAGUGACUGCCUUGCAAGAAACGGUCGUCAAAAUCGAACAAAAUCGUAGCAUCGAACCCAACAGCUUUCGUGUGGUUCUAAAGGGUUGUGUUGUUUUGUUCACUUGCCCGAGACCUGUUUUCAACUGUCAUGUUUUAUUUGCUGUGAACACUUCGUGAAAUUCUCGCCACAUCUUACAAAUGGAACUAAGUCAGCAGAAGGAAUAACUAAAACGAAAACCAGUAAUACGAGCACUGCUUACAGUCAGCAUAAUAUCAAGGCAGUACAUAAUAAUACGAACAUUUUUAACGAAAACAAACAAAUGAACAGUUUCAGUGAGAAUUUAUUGACAUACCGACGACUCCCACCUGUUUAGUAAUCAUUGCGGUUAACGGCUUCCACUGAACUGUGACCAGGCCAGUCAGCGUGUGGUGACUGAGGAAAUGUUAGGAGGAGAUUGAGUGGGGGUGGGGACAAUGGUCGUGGGGAGGGGGAUGUUAGUGAUCGGCAGUGUGGCUUCCCCUGUUUUGUAGAGAAGGCGAAUCUUGGCUUCGUUUUCAACAGAGACAUCGACACAUGGACCUUGGUACGGCUUCUUUGGGGGCCUUGGUGGGUUGUUCCCCGUGUGGAGAUGCAAGCAGACGUUUAGUGUGGUCACGUGAUGCUUUCAUAGUAAGUGGAGACCGUCGUUGAAUAGCUAGGCUGAUGUCUGAACUGUGAACAAAUCAUGUACCUGACAGGAGGACACCCAGGUAUCGUCCUCAGCGACUUGGAGAAUGGCUUUUGGCGAAUGUUCGGCGCGCGUGCGUGUGUGUGUGUAUGUGCGCGCGUGUUCAUGUGUUUGUAUACAGAAAGCAAGAAGAGGGGUGUGCCCUUCCUUACUUUUUUUGUUACUGAUGUGAUAUUGCUGCCUGGAAAGUUCAUUGUCAAAUUUAUCUAUGCAUCUUUCUGUUAAUCUGGAGUGACUGCUGAGACCAUGGAAUUUACAGUGUUGACGUCUUGUUUACAAUGUUAACAUCUUAUUUACAUUGCUGACUUUGUGUGCUUCCGGAUUUUGUUCGGUUUUGUUUUUACCCUGAGUAAGGUGUAAAAUAUUUCUUAGCGUCUCUAAUGUCUCGGUAAAGCUAAAAAAGAAUCCUCGAUGCAGCGGAAAAGUGAACAUCAUAAUUUUUUUUCUAUUAAACGGGACCUAGGGGUCAGAGGUCGCUCGUAUAAUUUCGACAAGCCGUCUUGAGUGCAAAAUCUACCCGCCUACCCGAGUUAAUGUUUUCUGGCGUCUCAACGGAAUGACAAGUAGUUCGUGCGGCGUGUUAGUGUUUCAGUAGAGUUGUUGCCCCCGAAGGACCAGUAGUUUGUGUGGCGUGUUCGAGGUGGCGCCCCCCGAGGAAGUAAACGCGAGUUAUGCUCGUUUGCGAUCAGUGACUUUUAAAAAAAUUGCCAAAAGGAAUCGAUCCAUCUUUAAAGCCAAAUGUAGUAAACACGGGUACAUGCUUUUGCUCGCGUUCUGAAAGGCGCGCGUGCUAUGAAGUUCAUAACCUUUUUAUUUUGGGGUAGGUGAUCUUUGGUAUUGGAGGGAAAGGGUUGACUCAGGAUUUCUCUGGUAUCAUGUUUUUACCGCGGUGGCCAGUAUACGCACUUUCUAACUACAAACGGUCACAGAUUUGCCCUAUCGUUGCCAUGUUGCCAAGGUCUUAGACACAGAUAUUGAGGUAGUGACAGAGGUUUGGUGUUGGAGAAGGCUCUCUAGAGUCUAGAUAUGGCGUUUGAAGAGUUUUAAAGAACUAGGCUCUCAUGUGAAAACCAUCCUCCUUUCCAAAGGGAUCACGUGUUCGAGAACAGCCGUUAGUCUGUACACAAAGCUGCUUCUGGUCGAUUAACACUUUGUUGUGGAAUCCUAAGCAGUCUCCUUCCUAUGUAGGGACAGUGUGAUGACAGAACAUUAUUCUUGUGAGGUUAACACGAAAUGUCUCAUGAUAUAGACAUGUAGUCGCUAGGUGACUUACUGUGUUAAAAACACAUUAGUAAUAAUAAAUCAGGUUCGCUAGCUUGAAGAAUGCAUGAAAGAGAAUAUUCUACUCUAGUCGAUGCUUGCCGAGGGGAAAAAAAAGACAGAAGAUAGAAAACUGGCAAAAUCCUUGACCCUGAAGGGGACACGUUGGUGCUGGACUGUUUUACAUCCUCUCCCUUGGACCACUCAGCUUAUGUGUUCUGUCACAUCCCCUCCCCCGUCCAUUGUGACGUGCAAUAACUUACAUCAUCGUUACACAUUGUGUUCGUACACAUACAACAUCACGUGAUUUUCCAGCAAUAUUCUUCUUUUCUUCUUCCCCGCCCACCCCUUUACACCUACCCGCUUCCAGCUCUCUCGCGCAGGCCGAACAGUACGAGGUGCAUUGCGUGACGCGUCACCUGCGGUGACGAGCCGUAGAUACCCGUGUCCGCCACGUCACACACAGGAGUAAGGAUGAGAUGGUGCUGGGUGGCAGGUGGGGUGUAGGGGUUCGCUAGCGUUUUCAAUGCACUGGGUGGAUUGUUGAUUGAGAAAGUGAAUAGGAUUGCCACUCUCUGAUUGCAGGCUGUCAGUAUGGUGGCUAACCUUGACCACUGUUGCAGGCGCUUCUCGUCUGUGACAUUAUCGAUGACGUCACCUACCCUGAGGCAUGCAGGAGGAUGAAGGUUCAAGAACGUUGUUCGUCCUUGUCUAGACCUUUACCUCUAUUCUGCAGACAACUAAUUCUCACCCUCUUUAAGUUUUAACUCUUUUUAUUAUUUCCUUUAUUCCUAUCGGAAGUCAAAGUAAUAACGACCGAGCAGAAAUCAGUUAAAACCCGAUAUUCAUGAAAGCACAUACCCAUCCUUACAUUAGUAACGAAAAUUUUGCUUAAGUCGUUCAUGUAUCCUCUAGUCUCUGUUCCCUCCUAUGUCCCUUAUGGGAAGCAUCCCCCGUGGUGCUAAUUACCAAAGUAUUAAUCAUUGUUUCUGAUUGAAUUAAGUAUUUGAAAUACGUUGACAGCGUCUUUUAUGAUGAGAGCAUGUCUCGAUAUGUCGGUUACCAAAAUAUUCAUCAUUUCUGAUUGAGCUGAGCAUUUGAAACAGUGUUCAUUGCCCUAAAAAUGUAUCUUAACAAUUUUAAUGCAAGGAUGUUUAGUAAUGUUAUUUAGCAGCAGAGCGUUUGGACUUUAGGGAUAAGAGUGUUUGCUUACUCAACCUGUGAAAUAUUUCUCAUGUACCGCAUAUUGUAUCAGAAUAGUCACGAAAUUGUGUUUUCCCCACCUAUUAUGAAAAUUGUAUGGAAACUGAAAUUAUGAAUACACUUACAUGUUCAUCUGAUCUAUGUCUGAAAUAUUGCAAUUACCAUGGCUUUACAACAAUAAAGAUGUCUUCAUUUCUUUCAUUGAUAUUUUCUUCUUGGAUGACUUUAUGUUGCAUUUUCUCAUUGAGCCUAGCAAUACCGAUGAAACCAUUAAUAAUUCCAGCGUCUGUCCCACUUUUCGUAUUCUAAACUGGAAGUAGCUAGGCUAGUUUUUAGGAAACAAACUGACUCAGCUUUGAUGAAAGGAGUCCUUUACUUACAAUGUUUACUUAUAAAGGUUAUAACGAUCGGCUACUGUACUGAGCUGUUGAACUUGUUCGCAACUUUAGCAUUUCUUUUCGUUUUUGGACUUCGCAAGUUAGUAUUGCGCUCAGUUUUUGUUUUUGUUUUGUUUUUGUUUUUUAACUAUACCGUAUAUAUUCGUAUUACCCAAGAUAUGCAACUCGAGACUAGAAUUUUCAGUUCACAGUUAAUGUUAAAUCCGAGAACGGAUAGCUUUUGUGAGGCAUCAUUUAGUUUAAUUCUUGGGCUACAAAUUAUGUUUUCUUUUUGCAAUUUUCCUCUAAACAAGGACGCCCAUGCGCAGCGCCAAGGAAUGUUAACCGGAAGACAGCAAUGACCUUAACCUUUGUCGUAGCUGACCAAACAGACGAACGGUUGAUGCGGUUGAAAGGACAAGAGGUUCUAGCCAUACAGACCCUGGCAUGGUCGGAGGUGCUGGCCUGCAAACUAUGAUUUCUAUUCUCAUUAUUUCCCUCAACAGAGAAGACCUCCGUACUACCCGUCACCGGAAGUCGCUGCUUCGUAAGUGUCAAAAGCCAGUGGUCUCCCUUCUCGGAUGUAAACUACGACUUCACUGCCGUUGUACAGAUUUGCUGUUGUUUAAACAUUAUUUUGUUGUUUAAGAGGCGUCUUUGUAAACAGUAUCGCCAUCACCUCUGUUGUAUUAGUCUGUAAACAACCAUUUUACUGCAGUGCAUUUGAUUAGUGUUCACGUGACCUAUCCUGAGGUAGUUAAUUCUACUCACUCUGCUCUCUUCUAUAUUAAAACAAACUUUGAGUUUAUUUAGAAUGUAAUGAACUGCCGGAUGUACACAGCACACAUCUCUCUCCGUAGUUUUUCUUUCUUAAACAUGGUGAGAAGAAACCUGUUGUUAAAAGUUACGAGAAAUCAGCUGUGAACUGAGCUUGCGGGUGUAGAUGCUGUAAAAUAACUUUACAAUAUUCGGUGUCUCGGAUAGUUAACAUGUGGAAGAUAAUUUUCAUAUACCAACAGGGGUAUUCCUAGGUUUUAACAUUCUGUUUCUAAGAAAAUUCGAUUUGCAUGCGUUUGAAGAUGAGGUAACAAUUUCGCCCUGCAAACAUUCAGGUUUGUAUUUGUAUCCAAAACUCAACUUCACAUAAAGGACAAAAUUCGUGCUCGUUGAAAUUUGAUUACAUCAGCCCUCGUUCAAUUAAUUUUCUAUUUUAAUUCCUGGACUUCAGAAUGAAGUUCUUGUUUAAAGAGAGCCUUGAUGAUAUUAGUACAUUUCACAAUCGCUCAUUUCAUUAUCAACACUCUCAGAUGUGUGUUUAGGGAGAGAGUGGUGUGUAGUUCUGAAUGUCGUUAAACGGUCUGUUUUGGUCACCGAUUCAUUCAUCUCUCGGUCUUACCUGCAGUGGAAUGAUUGUACACUUACGGCUAUAAUAUGUUAGAUAUUACAGCUUCAUGUACACUGUACAUAUUAUCCAGUUAAUUUAUGUAUUGCUGUUAUCAUCAUGUCAACCCUACUGUAAAACUGGCGACCGAAUAGCGGUAUAUACAUACUCUUCAUUUUUGAAUUCAUUCUCUCACUUUUUUGAGAAACUAUUCACUGUUUCGGUAUGUGGGGGUGAAAACAUGUCACUCCACAGCACACUUGUGACACGAGGUCAAGAGGUCAAGCCACCAGGUCAAAACUCCAACGUGUGCGUCCAUUACUAUUAGUAAUAAUCGGUUCCUAUGUAUCAAGAAGACAGAAGAAACGAUCUGUUGUCAGCAAUAAAUGUGUCAGACUCGACAAAUGAUCAGACAGAAGGUAAAUAACAUCAGGCAGGUGUCCGGAAUGUCAGGUAGCAGCUGGUGUAAUUCAGAAAACCCUGGUUUGGAGAGCAUCUGUGAAGCUGUACAUACAACACUAAAAAUAGCUGGCUCUGCCAACAGUCGGAAGAGAAGACGAGUAAAGAAUGAGAUCCAUAAUGGUUUUUUUUUAAAGCUCAUCCCUCUCAGACGAUUAUUAAAUUACCUUUCGUCGUAAUUGAGAGAAUCUCGAUUGACCUAAACUGGACUGGGAAACCUCACUCCGUGAAGCUGGCAAAUAUAUUGAGAAGUAUUAAAAAAUAUAGGGUCAUAGGGUCCUAUACUCUAGGGUAGGUGCUAAUGAAACACGUUUAUGCCAUUUGUUACCUUACCCAAGCUGGGUAAAUUGGAUACCCGCUGGUUAUAACCCUGUGCUGAUAGACUCAGGGUAGGCAGCCGGUAAGUUACCGUAAGGGCCUAUUCCUCCCAUUCAUUCAACUUUCCACGUCGUCUUAUUAAAUGUUUCUCUAGUUGUAGGUUUCCUGGGGUUUCCCCGUACCCUUUGACCAAUCAACGUAUGCGCAAUGGCAUCCUUUUCCGUAUUUCCCGCUCUUCCGGUCGGUUCGAUAACUUCACCAACUUAGUGGCUCAUGAAUCAGGAGUUACUUUGCCUGUCUCGGGUUAAUUUAACCAGAUAAUUCCGUACACAAGUCAGUAGAAUCUUUCCCAUGGAUGCAUUAUCAUUGCCCAUGGAUAUAACCCCAUAUUUAGUCAGGAGACAAAAAUAGAAAGGGGAUCGCCAUCUUGAAUGGAGACUAAGAGUUCGCUUCACUCUCGUCCGCAGGGUCCGUGCGAAAAGGUCGCAAGGCCGAUAAUUUAGUAGAUGAAAGCCAUGCGAAGUGCAGAAUAUCAUUGUGAAAAAAGUGGAAAGCUACACAGUCCAUAGAAAUUGUUAUUGUGCGAUUAUUUAAGGUUGUUUCGAGGUCUUGUUACUGCAUCACCAAGCACAACUCUCAUCAAAGAUGUUUGAGGCAGCUACAGAAAUGGCUACGGCACUUACAGGAGCUACAGUAAGCUUUUGCUCGGAAGUAGAUAGGCUGCCACGCCAAGUUGUUUCAGUACUAAAAUGGCUUGGAUUUACUUUUUAAAUUUUAUGUCGUUUGCAUUUUUUUACGUUUCCAUUUACUUUUUAAAAAAUUCUUUAGAUAACAAGCUAUUAAAAGGAUUUUUGUAAAUGUUAUUGCUAAUGAACAGGUAAUGAUGCGAGUUUUCGGGGUUUUAUGGGGGAAGUAAACUGAUUUUAGAUUAUACAUGCAGAAACUUCUGUGCUAUUAACCUGGACCAUUUCUUUGAUAUUUAAUCACCCUCUAGUUCGAACAAAGGUGGUUAUGUCAAUAUAAAAGUAAUAUAGCAUCCGGUUUAUGUUCACGUAUUCCAUUCUAUACCCACAAAUAUGUGAAUCAUAUGUGCUUUAUAAUAAUGAUGUGCUUUGUCAAAAAUAUGUUCUUAUCUAAUUUACAUACUGUCAUUAUCCUGAAUGAUUAAUUAUUUUGGCUUAUGACACGCCAAAGAAACACGAAAAACAUCAUUGUGAUUAUGUGACAUUUGAUCUUCCAACAGCAAUUUUGUUAUUAAUUUUUUUGACAUGAAUAGGAGAGGGUGCGGAUGAGAAGGCAAUCUCCAUGUUGUGAAGCCGUUUUUUAUAAUUUUUUUUUUUUAGAAAAUAAAGUUUGUGGUCAGAGUCACCGUGCCUUUCUUUACUGUUUCCGUACCGAGCUGAUUAUGUAUUAAUCCGUGUUUGUUCUCUCGGACUGGUGAGUCCGCACUCCCCUUUUGUGUUCUGUUGGUGUUGACAUUGUGUUCGAGCUGCUGAGACUUAAAUAAACUCAUUACGAAAGGGCA